AUGAAAAUGACAAUACGAGGCAUGAACUUCACGACGGACUUUCUUCUUCGGGAGCUACUAGUGGCUCUAGGAGGAUGUGGUAGCAGUAAGACGAAGAAUCAUGUACAUAAUGAUAGUUUCUCCGAGAGUUUAAGCGAAGAAACCGAGUCUCAAUGUGCUCUAGAGGCGAUAAAUUAUGCAUCAUCAUCAUCAUUAUCACGUGUGAUGAUAGUUCGACGUACGAAUAGCUCUCAGGAGACAAUUACACUUGUUGAUCGUAUGGUUGAAAUUGAUGCAUUCAUUUCGGAUCAUGUGGUUAUGUAUUUACAACAAGAACGAGGCUAUGAGACACUUGGCAAGCUUCGUGGUAGUAUUGUACGCGUGAUGAAGUAUCAAUUUGCGACACUAGCACGUUGUAUCGCAAUGAGUCAAGCGAGGAGGAGAGAAACGUCCGUGUCCGUGCCGGAUAUUCGAAAGAACAGAGCUCGAGUGUAUUUAUGGAUUGAUAGUGUUGCAAUUGUAGAGGACAAUGAAUUGGCAGUCACGCCAUUGCCACGGGUUGAUACACAUCCAUUGGUGGCCGAAAGAUUGGAGAAAUUGAAUGAUCUAGAGCUGGAAAAACAACUGAUGAUUACUCAAGGACUCUUACCUCUUCAAACAAUAAACAAUGGCUCGAUGUUUCAUGAUGAUCGACCAUUAGUCGAAGAAGAUUGUGUGAUACCGGAGGACCAGGAACAAGAAUUGGAAAAGCAGGAUGAGUGGGGACGACCUGCAAUCAUUGCAAGACAAGUCACAGACUCGGAAUUGAUUGAAGAAAAUGGACCGAUGUCAAUGUCAGAAUCUCAAGUGAUAUGUGAUCCUACAUCGCCAGAUAAGAUGCUGUCGAUGCAGGAGUCAAUGACGUCGUCGGGAGAAUUAUCGGUGGCGUCGGCGACGACGUCGACGACAUUGUCCGAAAACCCAUCAACUAUGUUGAGUGAAGAGAUGUGUGCGACGUCUCCGGCUGACAGCCAACGGUAUGCGUUUCAGCAAGAGAACAUACGAGAGACAUUUGUGGUGGGUAGUGACUCGGAAAGCAGUGACACAGACAGUGAGUAUGAUGGAGUUCAAACAGCGAAGAAGUUGACGCUUAGUACACCAAAAGCUCGCAAACAAGCUCAUAGUCGCAGGAGAGAUUCACAUGCCGACUCCAAUCCAGCACCAACGAAUUCAAAUACGACGCAAAGCUCAUGGGUAGUUGUUGAUCUUACCGGCAAUUCGUCCGACGAUGCCCCGAUAGCAAUACCUGCCUCUAAGGAGAAGGCAACCGAGGAGGUAAAUCUCAGGACUGAUGCUGACGACACACAAAAUGAAGUCGAUGACAAUGCUGCAGCGCCACCUAGGACCCACUCUCAAACCAAGAAGCAAAUGCCGUCAGCGGGCUGGGCUACGAGCUUACUUCGUAUGGUCGGCUUUGGCACUUCCGCAGCAUCAGUUCCGCACGCUCAGUCUUCAGCUGAAGAGGCAGACAAUCCGACUGAUCAGAAUGCCACUCCAAUGCUAGAUCAAACGGAAAUGGGGGAGGCAAAAAUAGCAGAGCCCGCUAAAUCUGAGGAACUCAUGUCGUCUCAGGCAACUGUAGUCCUCCAGUACAAUGUUGGUAGUGACGAUGACGCUCAUGCUUUCGAGUACGAAGGCAUGUUGUCGGAUGAUAUAGUGUCUCCUAGAUCAGCAGAGCACGGUGGAGACCAGACUCAAGGAUCAGGCUCGGCCGUCAAUGUUGCUGUAAGUGAGGAAGGGGCUGAAGAUGCACCUACUCCGAAGAAAAGUUCGGCGUUGCAAGACGAUACGACUUCGACAAACUUUGAAACGCUCUCUCUGUCUACGCAAGCAGUGACGCCACAACCGGAAAAACAAACGGAGCCAGCUCAUUGUCAAAUUCCGGCGUCAAUGCGUCAUUCGAACGAUAAUCUAGAGAUAUUAGCACAUGAUAGCAGCCGUUCUGCUUCUCCUCUCUGCCCCCACGAUCGUGUCCUCCAGAUUGACCAUGCAGCGCAUUGUUUACUUGUUCAGAGUCCUUGUGAACUGGCUGGACCUACCUCCAGCCGCAUCGGGUUCUCAACUGUCGAGUCUCGAGGUAUAAAGCGUCGUCGUCAGCAAACAAACGCCGAGAUCAAUCAGUCAUCUUCCACCACGGUUCAAGCAGCAGUUCCUGCAUCACAGCUGCAGAUACCAAAGGAUGACAACGCACGCUUCGAAAGACAUCGUCGACAAGACAUUUUCUCAAUGCAAAGAGAUUGUAUGGAUGGAUCUCAGUCUCCUCAGUUCGAACAACCAGCUUUGCCUCGUUCCCUGCUUCAAUCUGCUCAUGGAAAUCGUGUCACCGAUAGCUAUUCACUUGACGCCUUGUGCAGAUCGCUUGGUUCACGCAUACGUGACACUGUGAACGAGCGAAGUCAGACAUAUACAUCACAACAGCCUCGUCGUGCUUGGAAGAAGUAUGAGAACCUUUUUCCACCGCUAAAUACGACACGACGGACGUAG